AUGGGUGAGCUCAACUACUUCCUAGGUAUACAAGUUCGUCAAUCUCCUAAAGGAAUCUUCAUUGGUCAAGACAAGUAUAUCACAAACAUGUUGAAGACAUACUCCAUGGAGAACGCAUCAACUGCAAAGACACCAAUGUCUACUUCCUACAAGAUUAAUUUAGACCUUGAUGGGAAAUAUGUAGAUCAGAAGCACUACAGAGGAAUGAUUGGCUCAUUACUGUGCCUUACAGCAAGUCGACCAGACAUCAUGUUUUCUACAUGUCUGUGUAUACGCUUUCAAGCCAAUCCAAAGGAAUCACACCUCAUGGCAGUCAAAAGAAUUUUCAAAUAUUUUAAAGAAAAGGCUUAUCUGGGUUUAUUCUAUCCUUCUAAAGGCAACUUAUAUCUCCAAGACUUUACUCACUCAGAUUAUGGAGGAGGCAAGCUCGACAGAAAGAGCACUUUUGGUAGCUGUCAAUUCUUAGGAGACAGAUUGAUUAGCUAG